AUGAUUGCCCUACAGCAAGGAACCACGGAUGAUAAUUUCCGCCGAUCACUAGCCAAGAGGGCCCCUGAAAAUAUGAAUGAGCUCCAGGAGAGGGCCGGGAAGUAUAUCAAGGCUGAGGAAAGCCUGAAGAAAUCUCAGAAUAACCAGGGACCGACCCCGAACCCAAAGAAACGUGGAAACGACACCGAGUACAACGCGGAUAGUAAGUAUUCAAAGACAGGGGAUGGUGAUAAGUCCCCCACCAAAAAGAAAGCAGGACCGAGGUUCACUGAGUUUCAUAAGGAUACAGGACAUAAGACCGAUGAUUGCUGGCAGUUGAAGGAUGAGAUCGAGUUUUUGAUCCGAAAAGGCAAGCUGUCCAAGUAUACUAGGGAUACGGACAAGAAUCCCCGUGACAAUGACAACCGUGGAAGAGACAACGAUGAUAGGAAUAAGAGAAACCAGCCUAGAGGGCCUGUGAUCAAUGUAAUCUCUGGAGGACCGACCGCAGCAGGCCUAUCUAGUAACUCACGAAAAGCUUAUGCUCGUGAAGUGAUGUACAUUGUUGGAGAGCCCCCGAAGAGGGCAAAAAUUGAGUUUGCUUUAGCAUUCGACAAUUUAGAUCUUGACAGAGUUAAAUUUCCCCAUGAUGAUCCUUUGGUAAUCACCCCGGUGAUUGGAAACUCUUCUGUAAAAAGGGUACUCGUUGACGGUGGAGCCUCAGUAGAUAUCUUAUUUCAUGAUGCAUAUGAGAAGAUGGGAUAUUCAGAUUCGCAAUUGACACCUUCAGAUAUGCCUAUAUACGGCUUUAAUAACGUGGAGACAAAGAUUGAAGGUAUGAUCCAACUACCCAUGACAAUGGGCACCGAGCCUAGACAGGCCACAUGUAUGCUGAAUUUUUUGGUCGUUAAGGCUUCAUCAACCUACAAUGCUAUCCUUGGGAGGACUGGGAUACAUGCUUUUAAAGCAAUCCCAUCCACCUACCACUUGAAGAUCAAAUUCCCUACCAAGAAUGGGGUGGGAGAAGAGAUAGGAGAUCAAAAAAUGGCUAGAAGUUGUUAUGUGGGGGCUCUGAAAUCUGGAGGGACCGGGGGGCAAGUUCUCCCAAUUGAGGACUUGGAUGUCCGAGAGGAAGAGGAAAGGAGAGGAAAGCCAGCUGAGGACUUGGUUCCCUUCUCCCUAUAUCCAGAUGAGCCCGAGAAGGUGACCUAUGUAGGGGCGUCGCUCCCCGAGGAUAUGAAAUCCGAAUUUGUGAAAUUCUUGAGGAACAACCGGGAUGUGUUUGCUUGGACCGCAGCCGAUAUGCCAGGGAUUGAUCCCCUCUUUAUGACACACACGCUUAACGUAAGCCCAGAUAGAAAACCCGUGAAACAAAAGAAGAGAAGUUUUGCCCCUGAGAGGCAGGAAGCCAUAAAACACGAGGUCGAUAAGCUUUUGGAAGCAGGUUUUAUAGAGGAAAUCCAAUUCCCAGAAUGGCUAGCUAACCCAGUCAUGGUCAAGAAAGCUAAUGGAAAGUGGAGGAUGUGUGUAGACUUCACAGAUUUGAAUGAUGCUUGUCCUAAGGACUGUUUUCCUCUCCCAAGAAUAGAUACUCUGAUCGAUGCUACAGCUGGGCACGAGAUGUUGAGCUUUAUGGAUGGCUUUAGUGGAUACAACCAGAUCCGAAUGAAUAAGGACGAUAUUCCUAAGGUAUCAUUCAUCACUGAUUUUGGUAUCUUUUGUUAUUUGGUUAUGGCGUUUGGUUUAAAGAAUGCAGGAGCCACAUAUCAACGCCUGGCAAAUAAGAUGUUCAAACAUCUGAUUGGAAAAACCAUGGAGUGUGCCUUUGGAGUUGGGUCUGGAAAAUUUUUGGGUCUGAUGGUCUCAAAACGUGGAAUUGAGGCCAACCCCGACAAGAUAAAGGCCAUCCUUGAUAUGGAGCCGCCUAAGUCUAUAAAAGAUGUUCAAAAGCUAACAGGAAGAAUCGCGGCACUAGGACGUUUCAUCUCGAAGUCCGGGGAUAAGUGCUUGCCCUUCUUUAAGGCUUUGAAGAAAGUUAAAGAUUUUGAAUGGACAAGUGAGAGCCAAGAGGCCUUUGAGCAGUUGAAGAAGUAUAUGGCAGAGCCACCACUCUUAUCAAAGCCCGUGGAUGGAGAAACAUUAUAUGUCUACUUGGCUGUCUCUGAGAAAGCACUGAGUGCGGUCUUGGUUCCUUCAAGAAAGCUGAGGCCUUACUUCCAGGCUCACAAAAUUGAAGUCUUGACAGACCAGCCCCUUAGGAACAUAAUGCAUAGCCCGAAGGCUAGUGGGAGAUUAAUCAAAUGGGCAGUAGAGCUUGGGGAAUUUGAAAUUCGAUACAAACCACGGGUGGCAAUCAAGGCUCAAGCUCUAGCUGACUUCCUCGUUGAAUGCACCAUCGACAACAAGGAAGUCGGGGGGCAGGAGAGUAUGGUAGAGGAACCCAAAGAAGAGGAGAAACCUAAAGAGUAUUGGUUACUAUUUUUUGACGGAGCUUCAAAAACAAAAAAUAGUGGGGCAGGGCUGGUGCUCCGAAGCCCGGAUGGCUUCACGGUCGAGUACGCGAUCAAGUUAGACUUUCCAACUACCAACAAUGAAGCUGAGUAUGAGGCCCUUAUAGCUGGAUUGGGAUUGGCGAGAACCCUGAGGGUUAAAAACCUGAAAGUAUGUGGGGACUCAAGACUUGUGGUGUCACAGGUUAAAUGGAGAAUUUGA